CAGGGAAUCAGAAUAAAAACAACCAGGCAGGGAGCAUGGUGCAGUGUGUGCUGCCUUAGGCUGGCUGUGUGGCUGUGUGGAGUCCCAGGCUGCACCCGGAGAGGCUUCCCUUAGUCGCUGGGAGCCAUUGCGCUGUGCCUUCUCUCCCGUUGUCUCCCAGAAACAACCUUCUGUCUGGAGGUAGAAGAUGCCCCACUCCAGCUUGCACCCAUCCAUCCCUCAGCCCAGGAGUCACAGGGCCAAGAAGGCAGCCUUUGUCCUGCUGAGUGCCUGCCUGGCAGCCCUUUGGGGGUUGGGGGAGCGUCCAGACCACAUUGUCCAGUGGCUGGUGCUCCACCUGGCCUCCCUGCAGCUGGGACUGCUGAUCAAGGGAAUCUGCAGUCUGGCGGAGGAGCUAAACCACAUCCAUUCCAGGUACCAGGGAAGCCACUGGAGGGCUGUGCGGGCCUGCCUGGGCUGUCCGGUCCGCUGUGGGACGCUGCUGCUGUUGUCCUUCUAUUUCUACACCCCAAACAAAAAUGACCUGCCCUUCCCUUGGAUGCUUUCCUUCCUGGGCCUCUCAGAGGCACUGAGCAUCCUCCUGGACCUCAAGGGCCUGGCCCCAGCUGAGGUCUCUACAGUCUGUGAACAAAGGAACUUCAACGUGGCCCACGGGCUGGCAUGGUCAUAUUAUAUCGGGUAUCUGCGGCUGAUCCUGCCAGGGCUCCCUGCUCGGAUCCGUAGUUACAACCAGCUCCACAACAACAUGCUCCGAGGCGCAGGAAGCCAUCGGCUGUACAUUCUCUUCCCGCUGGACUGCGGGGUGCCUGACAACCUGAACACGGUCGACCCCAACAUUCGCUUCCUGCAUGAGCUGCCCCAGCAGAGCAUUGACCGUGCUGGGAUCAAGGGCCGGGUUUACACUAACAGCGUUUAUGAGCUUCUGGAGAACGGGAGGCCGGCGGGCACCUGUGUUCUGGAGUACGCCACCCCCUUGCAGACCCUGUUUGCCAUGUCACAGGAUAGCCGAGCUGCCUUUAGUCGGGAGGAUCGGCUUGAACAGGCCAAACUCUUCUGCCGGACGCUUGAGGACAUCCUGGCAGAUGCCCCCGAGUGUCAGAACAACUGUCGCAUCAUUGCCUAUGAGGAACCUACAGAAGGAAGAAGCUUCUCCCUGUCACAGGAGAUUCUCAGGCACCUACAGCAGGAGGAACGGGAAGAGGUUACUGUGGGUAGUGUGGGGACCUCGGUGGCACCUGACUCUUCCACGGAGUUCCAAGAGCCCGAGCUUCUCAUCAGUGAAAUGGAUCAGCCUCUCCCGCUUCGCACGGAUGCCUUCUGAGGCCAAGAUUACCUUGCCUGAGCCCCCAGCAAUCCCCAAGAUGUCUGGAUUGGAGGUUUUCUUUAGGGGCUAGAUGCCCAACAAGCUAUUUCCUCCCACAGGGGCCUCUCAAAAAAGGUACAGGGACUUGACAUCUCAAGAUGAGUCUUAUGACCUUGUGAAAGUUGUUUUACCUGAGCCUCAGUGUCCUUAUCUGUGAAAUGGGAUCAUAAUAAUUGCCCUACCUACCUCACAGGGCUGUUGUGAGGCCUAUGACUAUAUGGAAGUUUCUUGUAAAC